UGCUUCCUCUCGCGGCACAGAGAUGCGGGCGGUGGGUGGGAAAAAUGGGAGACGCUACUCGCAGCGAACCGCCACCGCCGCUUCCGAGGCCUCACCAAAAUGGCCGCCGCCGUCUCGGCCGCCACCACCAACACCACCGCCACCAACAGCUCACUAUCGCUACCGCCGGCGCGGCCCGUCCUCUCGCGAGAGACACUCACCCAGAAAGCUGAAGCAAUUUCUCAGGUACUUUCAAGAAGUUAGCAGUGGAACCUGGGCCUCUGGAUUCCCACGACAGUCCACUUAUGUAGAGCUGCUUCGUUUUACACAAGGAUGGUACCCCAGUAACUCCUAAGCACUUAUGCCAUCUGUUAGCCAACUUUUUAGGUUAAGAACCCCUUUGGGAAUAUGAUACCCUCACCCCGAAAUAAAAUAAUAAUAAUAACAGAUACCUUCUAUUGAGGCCACUUUGUGCACUUGAUUAUCUCUUUUAAUCCCAGCAGUGCUCCAUUUUACAAAUGAUUUGAGGCUCAUAGAUUAACUAGUGACAGAGUCCAGAACGAAGAUUCAUAACAAAGCGGUCAAAGUCACAAGGAUACAAACAAAAUUUACCACCUAAAGCCCACCCUAGGAGCCAGGUACAGAAUCCUAGAUAAAGCUCUCAUUCAGCUCCUCUUCAUCCACUCAGUUGAGCUCUUCCCCAUUCUACUCAAAGAGCUGAUUCUCUCUCUGUGUCGUUGAUUUGAAGUACUGUUUUUGUUACAGCAAAAACCAGGGAUUGAAAACUCAAAAACCUAGGAGGACCGGGAAGGUAGUGUAAAUAAAGCAAAGGGGGCAAAAUACAUCAGAUUCAGCCACAGGCUGUCAGUUUGCUACCUCUGUCCUAUGCUGGAGCCUCAGGGCACACAGAAGCAUCAAGGAUGGAUUGUUUGAUUGAAAAAGUGGGUAAGUGCCCAUCCAUUUAGGCCCAGUUCAAAAUCUUUCCAGGCCAAGCUUACAUAUUCCUGAGACUCCAUAGAACCACACUGAACUCCCAAGAGAGCUCACAUUUCUUGGCCUUCCCAUAUACUUUUUUAUCCUUUUUCAAUAUUUUUCCUUCAGAAUUUAGCUCAAGGGCCACAACCCCCAGAUGAUCUCUCUUGACUACCCUUCUGGCUCCCAUAGCCUCCUGGGCUCCAUAAAGAACUGAUUGCAUUGUAUCUGGACUCAUGGUCUGUCCACCCCACGCCCAAAACUGUUGUUAACCCCUUGAGAGUAAAGACAUGGUUUAUACCUGACAAUUCACUAUGCCAGUCUCAGAAAGAUUAUUCAGGAAAUUUACUAGUAUUAUCACACCUUAUGAAACACAGAAAUAACGUAUUGGAUGUGUGAGCUCAAACUCAAGGUAAGUCUAAAGUCUGUCUUCUAUUUUCAUUGACUAUAACCCUGGUCCAGCCACCAUCAUCUCUUGGCUUGGAUUACUCCUGACUGGGCCUCCCACUUCCACUCCUGUUUCCCUUUACUCCGUUCUCCACACAGCAACCAGAGUGACCUUUUCAUAUAAAUCAGAUCAUCAUGCUCUCACACUUAAGAUCAUCUUAGUUCUCUCAAAUGAAAAUGAUGUAUCAUGGUUUAAAAUUCCCAUAGGACAGACAUUAUGUUGAGCUGAAGAAGCCAGACACGAGAGUAAAUGCAUAUGAUUCCAAUUAUAUAAAGUUCAAGAGCAGACAAAGUUAAUUGAUGGUGAUAAAAAUCAGAACAAUAACCAUUGGGAGAGAAAGGUUUUAACUGGAAAGAUGCACAAGGGGGAUACUAGAAAUGUAUCAGGUUGGUAAACUAUGGCCCAAAGGGCAAGUCUUGCCCACCACCUGUUUCUGUACAGCUGGCAAGCUAAGAAUGGUUUUUACAUUUUCAAAUGGUUGAGGAAAAAAUCAAAAGAAGAAAAAAUAUUUUGUGAUACGUUAAAAUUACAAGUAAUUCAAAUUUCAGUGUCCGCAACUAAAGGUUUAUGGGAAUCUGACCAUGCCUCUUCAUCACAUAGCAACUAUGGCUGCUUUCCUGCUAUAGUAGCAGAGCUGAAUAGUGGCAGCAGAGACCAUAGCCCACAAAGCCUAAACUAUUUUCUAUCUGGCAUCUUACAAUAAAAAGUUUGCUGACUCCUUCCUGUUCUAUAUCUUGAUCUGGAUGAGGUCACAUCCAGGGUUGUAUACAGAUGUAAACAUUCACUGAAAUGUGCACGUAAAAUUUGUACACUUUAUGUAUCUCACAACAUGUAUUUUAUACUUU